GAACGGACAAACAAGCAAACUACAUUAUUGUAAAAUACAUACAAGGAAAGAAGCUUAGGAACAGCAAAAGCUUAAGAUCUUACAUAUUGUAAUCUUAAGAAAGCAAUAACAAAAAUGGCAUGGACAAGCCACUUUUCCCAGUAAUGUGCUUUGUAAACAUUUUAGAGCGUGCUGCAUGGCGCCGGCAGGAAACAAGCAAACGUGGUGGAAACCUUGUUUCUCUUUGGCUGGGUGCAUGCCAGCCGAGACCGACGCAGGGCGGAUCUAUCAUAGGGAUAAGCCAGGGGUGCAUGUAUUAGCAGCUGCAACAAACGGCGACAAGAGAGAGGCUCCCACUAAUGCUCAUACCAGCAGCAUGGACGUCCGGCAGUUCAAGCUCAACUGGAAGCCCCAACCUGAGGCCGAGCUGGCGCAGUAUCCUCGGCUGAAACUCAUCACUGCGGACCUGCCCUCGGAGACACUGCUGCCUCCCUCCAAGGACCUCGCCCAGGACUGGCCCGUGAAACGUAACCAGUAUGACGUGGGCGCCUGUGUGGCCUUCGCCUCCACAGCGGCCAUGGAGUACGUGGUGCGCACCCACCGUAUCAUCCCCAUAGAGCUGUCACCGAGGUUCGUGUAUUACUGUGCACGCGUUGCGAUCGACCACAACACCCCCGAUGAGGACACGGGUACCUACACCUCAUCGGCUAUGGCGGCCCUGAAAAAAUUUGGUGCUGCGCCUGAGGAGCUGUGCCGGUACGGCACUUGUGGCGGCCAUGUUCAGAACAGCGAGGAGCCCUCGCAGGCCGCCUUCCUUGCGGGCCUUGAUAUCCAGGUCCUUCGCGCCAUUCGUGUAGGCACAGAUAUCCGCUCUAUGAAGGUCGCCAUCGCCGCCGGCAUGCCCGUCGUUGCGGGAUUUACAUGCUACGAGAAUUUGUACGACGAGGAUGUACAGUCCACUGGCGUCAUUAAGACGCCCAAGGGUGACCGCAUCGGUGGCCAUUGCGUCUUGUUUGUGGGCUACGAUGAUGCCAAGAAGCUAUUCAAGUUCCGCAACUCCUGGGGCCCGAGCUGGGGGCACGAAGGGUACGGCUACCUGCCGUACGACUUUGCCGAGCGCUCGGACGGCUGGGCCAUUGCGGUGGUGGAAGAUAAUGGCGCAACCGUCGAGUUGCUCAAGCGUAAGGAGGCCGCGAAGCUCGGGCUUGUGGUGGAGAAGCAGGUGUGCGUGCCUAGCAAGCAUUCGGGCUUGGUGGUCGACCCCACACGGCCAGUUGCACCUGCCGGAGGCGGCAACGACACGUGCAGCCAGUCGACAAGCAAGUACUACAUGGGGGCUAUUGUCGGACAGAAGCUGCGCCUGUUGUCUCUUUCCCUUACCGCAAGUGAGGAGGUGCAGGGCGUGGUGAAGGAUUGCCAGACCGGUUACACAAACACCAUCUCUGUGGGUAUCAGAGUCCAGAAGGGUGCAUGGGCCGAGUUGACGUUCACGAUGACUAUGCGGGCCGUGACCUGUGCCCACAUUUUGGAAAUGGAAUCCAAGCUGCUCGAAAACAUGAGCGAGGACGAGAAAUCCACCUACAAGGAAGCGAAGCAGCACUACGAUGGUGGCUUCAACGUACCUGUCCUCAGCUGGUUCGGUGUGCACAUGAAUGCCGGAUAUGACAAGACGGAGGUUGAGAAGAUGCGCAACGCCAAUUCAAACUACGACAAGCAGGCUAAGGACAUUGCCCAAGCGUUGGAACAGCGUACGGAGCAGUCGAUCACUGUGAGCGGCAAGCUGAGUGUGCAAGGCGUGGGCUUUAUGCCCACCGAGGCGUCUGCGUACAUCAAGGUUGCGCAGCUCAAGCUGGCCAACGGCAAAUCGCUCAACGUGGUCAACACCGAUACCCCCGACGGGGUGCAGGCUGCGGACAACAGGGGCACGGCUCUGCCCACCACCGGACAGAAGCUGAACCUGAUCAGCGUAAAUUAGGCUGGAUGGAUUUAGAUCAGCGCCGGCGUCAUCUUCUGCUUGCGCUUAAAUGCAGACUAACAGAACCGCCAAUCCAUGAAUCGAUGGGCUCUGAAGUAUCUGAUGGAUCAUAGUAAUUGUAUGGGAUGGAUGAAUCGGGAGAUAGAAGUCGCCUGGUAACCCUAUAGCCACGCACUGCUGACCUCCUGACGUGCGUGAAUGAGGAGUGGGUGGUGUUGCCACCGUGCACAUCUUCUUGAGUCUGGAGCCCACUGUAACAACCACACACCA